AUGGAGAGCUACGUGGGCUCGCCCAUUUUCGCUCGCAAUGCAGCCAUCCCAGUUGGUGGGGACCUGCUCCCGGAGGAUGUGUUUCAACUGGAGGAGCUGAUGGCGACGAAGCCAGCCAGCCAGGGUGACGACAUAUGUCCGGCAGGUUCUCGAUUCACUCUUGACAGAACCGGCGCCCCCAUCCCCGGCAAGUGCUGGAUGUGUGGAUCCGGCACGGUGUCUUUGGCGACUUCAACGGUGCAGGUGGAGGGCAAAGUGGCGACGUCUGAAGAUGGGAUGCGCAUUGUUCUCGUGGGGCGGGGAUCCCCCAAUGCCAUCCAGCCCUUCCGAUCUGAGGACAGAUCGAAAGGAGAGAGGUCGGAACAAUGUAAAGGCCCUGGUCGUUGCUUGGGCCUCGCUCGUGGUGACUGGGAGCCGGGUUGGGACAUCUUUCCGGUCAUGCUGGGACAGCAGAAUCAGUCGGCAUUCACUUUCGAUCGUGGCAUGUUCAGGACCUCAGAAGGCUGGAUGCUUGCUGUGCCUUAUAACUCCUACGUUCCCAACACCCCGGUGGCCUUCAUCAAGAGCUUGGAUGGCCUACCUUGGAGCAAAAGCAGCGAGACAGGCAUGUUCCAAGUGGACGAGCAUGGCCAUAUCAGCCCGACACAAGCCCCGGAUCUGGUUUUUGGCAUUGAUCAUGAGGUGAGCUACGCUUUUCGACCCAAAAACCCGUACUUGGCUUGCCUUCCGUGCCAUGACGUUGCAAGCGAGAUGGCAGACAAGACCCAGUGCCGCGGUGGAACAUCAGCAAGCUCGCUUCGAGGCUACAUGCUCCUUCACGUAGCAGGGAAGCAGAGGCUUAACGUCCAUUACUGCCCCAACCGCGUGGCCUGUCCCGGCAGCAACCUCAGCCUCACCGGCGCCGGCGAGCUAGCUCCGAGGAGUAGGCUCUGCGCCGAAGGCUAUCAGAGCAGCCCGGGCUGCGUCCGCUGUGCGCCUGGCUACGGUCGACCUUUCCUGGAUCCCUUCACCUGCCAUCCCUGCGGAGGAUGGUCUUUGCUGCAGCAGGUGGGCAUGGCUUUUCUCUCCAGCGGCCUCUUCUACGCCCUGGCCCUCAGCUCUGCCAGACCCCGCACCGACACGCAGCAGAUCUUCAAGGUUUUCCUGGCAUUCCUGACCAUCUCUUGCCGGAGUCUCUCCGCCUUGCCCAACACACGGCACUACAAGAGAUUGAAAGAUGACAUUUAUGCCUGUGCUCAGGCGCUCUACCGUUGCCUCUUUGCAGUGGACCUGGUGAUCAGCACCGAGCCAGGGUCUAUGAACUCCGCCUACGACUGCUGGGGCUUGGUGGAUGGCCCAGUAAAUUUGUACUGGAACAUCUUCCUGUCUUGGUCCAUCCCGACAGCUUUGCUGCUGUUGUCUUGGUGCUGGCUCGGCAAGCGCGGGUGGCUGAAGGCCCUGGUGGUCUGGGGCAACGUCUUCGUCCCGCCCCUGGUCGGGGCAGCUGCCAAGCUUCUGCCCUGCUUCUCCACUCAGGCAGGGGGCCCCCGGAUCCUCAUGUACGAGGCUGCCUUUGGCACGCCCUGCGUUGCCAGCUUCUCUCUUCUCCUGCAGCUGCCGCGAUUUUGGCUGGCUGCUGGGACGAGCCUCCUCCUACUUCUUGUAGGACCCCUCCUGUGGCUCGCGCUGGCCGCCAGGGAUCUGGGGAAGGAGCUCUGGGAUGAGCGGAGGGAGACAGUGGCCUUCUUGGUGGCGGGCUACAGGCCAACGCUGCGAUGGUGGGAGGUCAUGGUCCUCGGGAGAAAAGCAGCCAUCUUCGUGGUGGCGACGUUGCUUCCCAUGUCCUGGGCACCCGGGGCUCACUUGGUUUAUCUCCUGGGCAUCAUGAUUGUUGCAGAGCUCCUACACAUCACCAUCCGACCUUAUGCCAGUCCUCUAUUGAACCGACUGGAAGCACAGAUGCUGGGAAUCUCCUCGGCGUGUUUGGUGCUUGUGAUUUCUUUGCUAGUCGAAUGGCCUUUCAUGCCCUACGCCAUUUACGUUGCCAGCAGCGCUCUCUUCUUCGCACUCACUAUCGGGGUUUACAUCUACUUCCUUUGGCUCUACAUCCGCAGCGCAUUUGCCAAGACGCCCGACAUGGGGGAAGAGGACAAAGCAGAGGAGCAGGGCUGA